AUGAGAGACCAAGACUUCUUUCCGAACAUUUCAGAUGCCAGACUAGAAGAAGUUCGUGACAACACUGCACGUGAUCCUACUACGAAAACUCUCAUGUGUCUCAUUCAGAAUGGCUGGCCAGACACUAAACAAGACACUCCGAUAGAGGCUAAGCCAUAUUUUGACUUUAGAGACUCUCUUAGCUGUGAAAGUGGAAUCAUACUCAAGGGAGAAGCUAUCCUUAUCCCCAGUGACCUACGUGGCGAUAUAAAGCAGCGUUUGCAUUACGCUCACCUGGGACUGAACAGUAUGCUCCGACGCGCUCGAGGUCUCGUGUUUUGGCCAGGACUUGCGCAAGAUAUUAAGCAAAUGGUCGAUACAUGUGAGCCGUGCCAAGAGCUUAGGGCCCGUAGCCCUAAGGAACCACUGAUCCCUCAGGAGGAUGGUCAAAGACCUUGGGACAAAGUGGGAGCAGACAUUUUUGAGAUUUCUAGUCGCCAGUACUUAGUUGCUGUGGAUUUCUUCUCCAACUUCAUCGAGGUUGACUUCUUGCCAACAAUCACUAGCUCUCAAGUGAUAAAUGUGCUUAAGAAACACUUUGCUAGAUAUGGCAUCCCGCGUAUAUUCCAAAGUGACCCCAGAUCUCAACUGACAUCUAGUGAAUUCCGAAAAUUCAUGAAGGACUGGGGAAGCAUUCAUAUCGAGUCGUCACCAGGACAUCAUUCUGCUAACGGUCGAGCAGAAGCCGCUGUAAAGAUCGCAAAGCAACUUUUGAUAAAGGCGCGGAAAACAAGAACUGAUCCAAACAUUGCCUUGCUAGAACUUAGGAACACUCCUAGAGAGGACACAGGACAAAGUCCUACUGAAAUGCUCCUCGGACACAAAACUAGGUCAGUCAUCCCAUAUAUGGAAAAGGGCGACAUUGAAGUGUCAAAGGGUAGAGAAAUGCGCAAAAGUGCUAUGAAACGAAGUCAUGAUAAGAAGGCAUGCGCACUACCAAAGCUGUCAGUGGGACAUAGUGUUUAUUUUGAGAAGAAGGAAAGGAAAGGUGGAUCCUUGGAAAAGUAG